AUGGUCAAAUGUUGGGAGGCUAUGAAUGACAACUUAAAGUUACAAUUGAGUAAUAUUAGAGCUUCUUUUCAAAAGAGUUUUUAUGAAGUUGAGCACGCCCACGUUAGUCCAUUUUACAAUAAUUUAUGUGGUUCAGUGUCUCGAGAUGCAUUGAGACGCAUUGCUGAAGAGUUAAAACGAGUUGACUAUGUUGGAACUAACAAGGAAAUAUGUCGCUGUACUCUUAGAACAACCUACGGAUUACCUUGUGCUUGUGAGUUGACAGGAUAUAGAAUUGAUGGUUUACUGAUACCAAUAGAUGUUGUACAUGUUCAUUGGAGAAAACUAAGUAUGGAAGUUAAGUUGGACGAAGACGUAGAUGAUGGAUCAGAGGUGGAUAUGAGUAGUGCAAUAGAUGAGUUAUGGAAAAGGUUUAAGUCACUGGAUGUUGUUGGGAAAAGGGCAUUAAAAAGUAGGGUUUUUGAACUUGCCUUCCCUACAAUGACUUCUAUGUGUCCACCACCUGAGAAAAUAAAAACUAAAGGGGGAGUCAAGAAGAAAGACAAAAAACCAGUAGGAUAUGAUGCUUCGAAGAAGUUGAAAUUAUCACAAUCUUCACAGUCAUCUAAGCAGUUCAUCCUUCAAUUUCCUAAUCACACCAGGUCAUAUAUUGAUGAUGUAGUUAAUGUUGCAUCAGAUGGUAAUUGUGGAUUUCGAGUCAAUGCUUCAUUGCAUGGAUAUGGUGAAGAUGGUUGGCCAAUGGUUCGUCGAGACUUGGGGUUGGAAAUAAUACAUAAUGAAAGAUCAAGUUUGUAUGCCAAUUUAUUUACUGAUCAGUUAGCAGUAGUAAGAGAAUCUUUGAUGAUAGAUGAUUUUGGUCCUCAACCACCACAUAAAUGGUUAACUCUACCAGAUAUGGGUUACAUGAUAGCGAAUUAUUAUAUUGUUUUACUUGUCUAUUUAGGAAUUGAAUGUUGGACUUUCUUCCCUAUGACAUCUUCAUUUUCACCGAAUGUAGCAAUUUACUGCAUUGGUUUUGUAAACAGAAAUGAUUGGGUUCAGGUACUUAGUUUUUUUUAG